AUGUCGGAGCCACCAAUGCCAGAGUCAACGCCAGAAACUGAGGCUGGGGUCAACUCUAGGAGAACUAGUUCGUCUCUCAUCUUCUCAGGAAACCGCUCGGUCUCUAGCAUGACGGUAGCCCAACGGGAACGUAAGCGGGCCAACGACCGUCGAAGCCAAAGAGCAAGUCGUGCGAGGACCAGGCAACACAUUCAUCAUCUUGAAAGAGAAUUGGAGAGCCUUAGACAUAUUGGCCCUGAGGAGAGCGGUGACGAAAAUAGCGCUAUCCAGGAGUUGGUUCGACGAAAUCAGGAAUUGGAGAUUGAACUAAUAAGGCUUCGAUCAACAAGCGCCUCUCCGCUGUCAACGAGUUCAAACUUCAGUAACAUUUCCAGUGCCAGACAGGUGCACUUUCAAAGCCCAAGGGACCAGGUUGCUACAGAUGCGCCAUCGGUAUAUAUCCCUGAGGUCAUGGUGCCGGUUGACGGCGGGCAAGGGAUUGGCCCGACCGCACCUCUCCCUGCGCCCCCUUUGCCAGGCAGCUUUGGAAAUGCCCCCGACCUACAGUCACAUGUUGACAACUAUUCGUUACCUAUUUCAUAUGCAAGCGUUGACAUACCAAGGAGUACGCCCAAUUCCAGGCUCAAUUCGCACAACAAUGGAUAUUCGCACGACGGCAUAGGGACCGUUGUACAACACCCCCAGUACGCUGUGCAGACAAACGCAGGGCCUGCUGGGACGAUUGUGCUCAGCCAUGUGGAACAGCAAGAAGCCGGAGCUUUGACAAGAGAGUUUGAAGCAACUAGUGAGUCUAGGGAAUAUAAUCAUGAAGCUUCAAGGCCGCCCCAACCAACGUGCUGGGACCAAUGGCAGAUGGAUGGGACCAGUGGGGAGACUGAAUAG